GAUAUUAGUACUACAAUUGAGGCCUUGAGAACCAGAGCGUCCCAAGUAACAUUUUCUUAACUGAUAGGAUGUUUUAUAAAACCAAAGUGACGCAUGUUUAAUUUCCUCAAUCAUUAACGAAUGACAGCAUAGAAAUAAUGAAAUGAAAAGCGCGUUUCGGCAUCCAAUUUCUCUUUAUAACUCGGUACCCUAAUUUUGUAGAUAGGCUACCCUGAUUCUCAUAGCCUCGAUAGAGAGGUGUAUCUAAUUCCCAGAGAAGGAGAAUUUGUUUGUACACUUUCUCAAAAUUCCAAAAAUUUGUUCCCUCGUGUAACAGAAUUAGAAACAGAAAGAGAAAGGUAUAGUCGAGGCAACUCAAGGUUGUAAGAGGUAUUUGUUUACGUAAUGUCUCGUUGAUUGAAUCGUUCCUUGUUUGUUGCAGCGCAUCCUGGAAAUGGAUCGAGUCGAAUGUACGAUACGAACGAGAGAGGAGGACGUUAUCGUCAUCGAUUGUUCUUCCCCGUGGAAAUUCCUGACGGCGAUGACAACGCGUCGGUGGAUCACGCAACGCUUCGUCUGCUGCUGCACGGUCAUUAUAGCGAUCGAGCGAACGUGGACGUUUUACUCUAUCUAAGAACGUUCGGUUCGCGAAAGUUGAUCGUUCGUAAAAGAAUCGAGUCGCGGGACUCGCGGGAUUCGAGGUGGCUCGAGUUUGAUUCGACCGUGGUCGUUUCCUCGUGGCUCGAGGCUGGUCUUGAGAAUCUUGGCCUCGAGCUAGAAUUUCUCCACGAUGGCGAACCGACGCUACGCACAUUCACGUCGCCGGUUCUCAACGUGUUCACCGAACGAAUCGCCUACGAGCCCAACGGUAGGGUCAAACGAUCCACUCCCGAGGAACUGAUGUCCCUGCACAAAGGUCGCAGGACCAAGUGCAAGGGAGAAAGUAAAAAGUGUUGCAGACACGAGCUAACGGUGAUGUUCAAAGAGCUCAAGGGUUUCGAGUUCAUCGUUUACCCGCGAACAUUCGACGCGGGCUACUGCAAGGGUCGUUGUCCGCCCAGAUACAAUCCAGCCCAUCAUCACGCCCUGCUGCAAAGUCUGCUGUGGAAGGAAGACAAAAAGAAGGUGCCGAAACCUUGCUGCGCGCCGAGCAAGCUCGACCAAUUGAUGAUCGUUUACUACGACGAGAACAAUUCCACGCAGCUGAAGGUCUCCUAUUGGAAGAACAUCCAAGUACUCGAGUGCGCUUGUUCCUGAACGAUUUUUCGUCUUCCUUUUCGACUAGAGUGAAUGAACGAAGGAAGCUACACGUGGGGGGACAGAAUAGAAAAACGGAAAAGAAACGGUCUACCGUCACCGAGGACUCACCAAAGAAUCGUCCGAAUAGCGUUCGGUGGUGCCACCUCUCCGUCGAUCCUCGCGAUUCAGCGUUCGCGCCUCUCGCGAACUUCCGGUUAGGGAUGAUCGAUCCUUAUUAAUUUAUUCGACAGAUCGGUUUUCUCGUUACCAGCUUUGAAAUCUUCCGAGUAUCACAAAGAAGAAAUGAAAUAAAUUUCCUUUUAUUAGCUCUUCAUUCGAUCGAUUGCCUGCUUUCGAAGAUAAACCUUGCACUGAAACAGUAAAUACUGUGAUGAUGCUUAUAUUCGAUUGAAUUUAAUGAAAGAAUCGAUUGAAAAUAUUUGGUACCAAAACGAUGUUGAAUCGAGCAUCCCUAUUUCCUUCCAUGCUUUGUAUAAUUUUAUACACGUGCUCCUUCAAACGUUUCGUUUAAUAAAAAAACUGAUCGUUUGAUAAAUGACAUCGCGUGGGUGGAAACAAACGACGGAGAACUCUUCCUCGUAUCCCUUUAACUCGAUUCGAGGGCAUCACCGAAGGCCCAAGACCCCGCCAGUUGUGGGUCUUGCAUUGACUGUGAUACUAAGAUAUCUGCUUGACGUUAUUGCUCGUAAAUAAUCGUAUUUCGUAUCGUUAAAUGUUUUUUUUUAAUUACCCUUGUACAUACGCGACCUGGUUAAGCGAAUCGUCGUGAACGGGAUCGUUCCGCCGACAACGGGGAACUUAUGAACUUACCGACAAAGUCGCGACAAGAUUCUCGUAAAAAGAAGUCGAUAAUGCUUGUUCGUGCACGCGUUGCGAGAUUAAUGUUACCGACCCGAUCGUGCUCCAUUUUCUUAAGGAGUUUGACUAAUUUUGAGCCAAAAAAUUCAAGACUUACGUAUUAAAAAUAACGACGAAAGAAAUAUGACAACAUUCGAAUCAUCGACGACCUAUAUACUUAAACAAAUAGAUCUGUAGAAACAAAAUGUCAGAUACUACGUUUCUGGGGCUCCAAACUUAGUCAGCUUCCUUAAUCACGAAGAUGUAAUUGCACGCAAAGAAAACGACGCUACAAUCAUCGCGUCGCUGUAUUGUUUUAAUUUAUUUCGAUCAUUUUGGGUUAGAGUACGAGAUUCCUUCGCGUAUCGCGUGUCGAGUACCGAAUGCAGAAGAUAAAUUAAAUCCAGUGGCGUAAUUAAGAGUGUUCGAACACGAGUAAUAAGUUCCAAUUAUUUAUUAUAAAUUAGAAAUAACGUUUUAAUUUCUUCUAAUGUUAUACUAGAUCUAGAAGGAUUGAUUUUCCUUUAAAAUGACCGGAGUAUUAGUUACGCCACUGAUUCGAUUCUAUCUAUACGCGAAAUCGCCGCUUCGUAGUUUCCUUCUGCCCGAAGUUUCGUUAGUUCCUAAUAGAAUUAUAGAGCGAAUACCCGAGAUCGUACUCCUUUUAUUCUUUUUGCAAUGUGUCGAGAAAAAACAACUCCUAUCGACCGAUUUGUCACACGAAUGGCUUUGUAUGGAGGACUCGGUCGAAAUUGUAAACUUUCCGAACUCUCGUACGCGUCGAGAAGUUCUCGAACGCUCUUAUCUAUCAGAGAUGGGCAAAACUUUGUUCGAGUAAAUAGAUAACGAAUAAGAACAAGGUAUAGCGACUUAUUCGUUCGUAGCGAAACGUAAUUUAAACUUAUAAUUCAAAUUCUAAUUUUCAUUCAACGAAUAAAAAAUAAAAAAUUGCCUAUAAUUUAUUCCUUACUCAACAGUUUUAUCUAGAUAAGAAUUUUGCCCGUCUCUGUUAUAUAUACACCACACAUCUAUCGCAUCCAUUAAACUCGAUAAGAAAAUACUUAGGGACACUCUUCUUCCUUCUACCUUACAUGUACGCGUGCGGUGAGUCACAAAUUCGUAAUCGUAAUUUCGCUGAACUCAUUGUCAAAUAGAAGGAACAUACGUUUACGUAUCGAACUAUCGUUCGCGAAACUAAUUUCGACUACGCACAAUGGGCAUCGUAACAUCUCACGUUACUUGUACUUUCUAAUCAACCAUCGAUGAUGUAACGACAAAAUAAAAAUUUAAUCGUUAUUUAUAUAACAGAAACC